AGCCCGGGCCGGCCUGUCAGUCAGAGCGCUGCUGGGUAAGCUCCUGGGGGCCCGCGGGGCCGGCGCAGCCAUGGCGGCGGUGUUUGACCUGGACCUGGAGACGGAGGAAGGCAGCGAGGGCGAGGGCGAGCCAGAGUUUAGCCCCGCGGACGUGUGUCCCCUUGCCGAGUUGAGGGCGGCUGGCCUGGAGCCUGUGGGACACUAUGAGGAGGUGGAGCUGACUGAGAGCAGUGUGAACCCGGGCCCUGAGCGCAUCGGGCCCCACUGCUUUGAGCUGCUGCGCGUGCUGGGCAAGGGGAACUAUGGCAAGGUGUUCCAGGUGCGAAAGGUGCAGGGCACCAAUGUGGGCAGAAUAUAUGCCAUGAAAGUCCUGAGGAAGGCCAAAAUUGUGCGCAACGCCAAGGACACGGCACACACGCGGGCUGAGCGGAACAUUCUAGAGUCAGUGAAGCACCCCUUCAUUGUGGAACUGGCCUAUGCCUUCCAGACUGGUGGCAAACUCUACCUCAUCCUGGAGUGCCUCAGUGGCGGCGAGCUCUUCACACAUCUGGAGCGAGAGGGCAUCUUCCUGGAAGAUACGGCCUGUUUCUACCUGUCAGAGAUCACACUGGCCCUGGGCCAUCUCCACUCCCAAGGCAUCAUCUACCGGGAUCUCAAACCUGAGAACAUCAUGCUGAACAGCCAGGGUCACAUCAAACUGACGGACUUCGGCCUCUGCAAGGAGUCGAUUCACGAGGGUGCCGUCACCCACACCUUCUGCGGCACCAUCGAGUACAUGGCCCCUGAGAUUCUGGUGCGCAGUGGCCACAACCGGGCGGUGGACUGGUGGAGCUUGGGGGCCCUGAUGUACGACAUGCUCACUGGAUCGCCACCCUUCACUGCAGAGAACCGGAAGAAAACCAUGGACAAGAUCAUCAGAGGGAAGCUGGAGCUGCCCGCCUACCUCACCCCAGAUGCCCGGGACCUUGUCAAAAAGUUUCUGAAGCGGAAUCCCAGCCACCGUAUCGGGGGUGGCCCCGGGGACGCCGCUGAUGUGCAGAGGCACCCCUUCUUCCGGCACGUUGAUUGGGACGCCCUCCUGGCCCGCCGCGUGGACCCCCCUUUCCGGCCCUCCCUGCAGUCGGAGGAGGACGUGAGCCAGUUUGACUCCCACUUCACGAGGCAGACGCCGGUGGACAGUCCAGACGACACGUCCCUCAGUGAGAGCGCCAACCAGGCCUUCCUGGGCUUCACGUACGUGGCGCCCUCCGUCCUGGACAGCAUCAAGGAGGCCUUCUCCUUCCAGCCCAAACUGCGCUCCCCCAGGCGCCUCAACAGCAGCCCCUGGACCCCCAUCAGCCCCCUGAAGUUCUCGCCCUCUGAGGGAUUCCGACCCAGCCCCGGCCCACCGGAGCCCAUGGAGCCCCCUCUACCCCCUCUCCUGCUGCCGCCGCCGCCGCCACCGCCGCCGCCACCGCCCUCGAGCACUGCCCCCCUCCCCAUCCGACCCCCCUCAGGGACCAAGAAGUCCAAGAAAGGCCGUGGGCGCCCCGGGCGCUAAGAGGGUGGGUGGAGAUGAGGGCAGUGAGACCCCGGGCCAGUUCCCAGAGGCCUGGGGCUGCGCCUAGGGGUACAGGAGCGAGCGUGCGUGAGUGUGUCUCUGCUGGGGGUGGCCGCGCCCCUCAAUCACGAACACGAAGGACUGCGGACUACGGCUGCCGGCCGAGGGGGGCUGCCCGCCGGCCUCCCGCAGUUGAGCUGUGCCCUUGGAUUAUUAAAGUAUUCAGUCAUGGC